CCGGGAGUAAUAGCGAGCGGCUGUGCUGGGUGCUGAAUGAAUGGAAGCCGCGGGGCGGGCCUGCGCGCACGAUGCCGUCUCCGGGAGGCCUGUAAAGGCCCUCGCCAGCCGCGCGCCCUCCUCCCGCCCCAGGCUCCGGCUGCCGCCGCUACCGCGCCCCACGCGGAGGCCGCGGCUGCAACCGGGAAGGUCGGAGGGAGGGUGGUUUCCUCCCGCCCCACACCCAGUCUCCGAGCCGGAUAUACAGAGUGUCACGUUUGGGAGCCCAACGAGGAGAGCGCUCUCCCUGCGGCGGGAGUACCUGCCGGGGCCUCGGGGAAGGACUGGGAUUUACAGGACCACUAGUUGAACCCCACCGCGUCGGAGGAGCAGGAACCUCUUUCCGGAGCUAUAAAAGACAAAGAGAAGAAUCAUGUCCAUGAUCGCAGCUUUCUAUGGUGGCAAGUCCAUUCUCAUCACUGGGGCCACAGGCUUCAUGGGCAAAGUGUUGAUGGAGAAGCUGUUUCGCACCAGCCCAGACCUGAAAGUCAUUUACAUCCUUGUGAGGACCAAGGCUGGCCAGACUACGCAGCAGAGGGUUUUCCAGAUCCUAAAUAGUAAGCUGUUUGAAAAGGUCAAAGAAAUCUGUCCAAACGUGCAUGAGAAGAUCAGAGCGAUCUACGCAGAUCUCAAUCAGAAUGACUUCGCCAUCAGCAAGGAGGACAUGCAGGAGCUUCUCUCCUGCACGAACAUUAUCUUCCACUGUGCGGCCACUGUGCGCUUUGAUGAUCCUCUGAGGCAUGCCGUGCAACUUAAUGUCACUGCCACCCAGCAGCUCUUGCUUAUGGCCAGUCAGAUGCCAAAGCUUGAAGCCUUCAUACAUAUCUCUACAGCCUUUUCAAAUUGUAACCUGAAGCACAUCGAUGAAGUCAUCUAUCCAUGCCCUGUGGAGCCAAAAAAAAUCAUCGACUCCAUGGAGUGGUUAGACGAUGCUAUUAUUGAUGAGAUCACACCCAAGCUGAUUGGGGAUCGGCCCAAUACUUACACAUACACCAAGGCCUUGGGAGAAAUGGUGGUGCAACAAGAGAGUGGGAACCUAAACAUUGCCAUCGUAAGGCCGUCCAUUGUGGGAGCAACCUGGCAGGAGCCUUUCCCGGGUUGGGUUGAUAACUUAAAUGGACCUAGUGGACUCAUUAUUGCGGCCGGGAAAGGGUUUCUCCGGUCCAUAAGAGCUACUCCGAUGGCAGUGGCAGAUUUAAUUCCAGUUGAUACAGUUGUCAAUCUCACCUUGGCUGUAGGAUGGUACACAGCAGUUCACAGACCUAAGUCAACAUUAAUCUACCACUGUACUUCUGGUAACUUCAAUCCUUGUAACUGGGGCAAAAUGGGAAUCCAAGUCUUGGCAACAUUUGAAAAAGUCCCAUUUGAGAGAGCUUUUAGGAGGCCGAAUGCGGACUUCACAACCAAUACCAUCACAAGCCAAUACUGGAAUGCAGUCAGCCACCGAGCCCCUGCCAUCAUCUAUGACUUCUAUCUACGGCUCACAGGAAGGAAGCCCAGGAUGACAAAGCUCAUGAAUCGGCUGCUAAGAACAGUGUCCAUGCUGGAGUAUUUUGUCAACCGGAGUUGGGAAUGGAGCACAUACAAUACGGAAAUGCUGAUGUCUGAGCUGAGUCCUGAAGACCAGAGAGUAUUCAACUUUGAUGUGCGCCAGUUGAACUGGUUGGAAUACAUUGAAAAUUAUGUUUUAGGAGUUAAGAAGUACUUACUGAAAGAGGAUAUGGCUGGGGUCCCAGAAGCAAAACAACAUUUGAGAAGGCUCCGAAAUAUUCACUACCUCUUUAAUACUGCCCUCUUCCUCAUUGCCUGGCGCCUUCUCAUCGCACGAUCUCAGAUGGCUCGGAAUGUCUGGUUCUUCAUUGUGAGCUUCUGUUAUAAAUUCCUCUCCUACUUUAGGGCAUCCAGCACACUUAAGGUCUAAGAACAUUCAGCAAUCUCCUUUUAUCUGGAAUCUCCUGGAUACCUCCAAAACAGCAAACUGUGGUUCUUAAGUUUAGGAAGUAACAAAGAAUAUGCCCAAGCUCAUUAACUGUCAAACGUCUUGUCAUGUAUUCAUCCUUAUUUCUUCCCUAUGUAUUGUUUUUAUUUAAGUGAGAAAAGGAAAGUCAUAUCUUAGCCUACAAUCAUACAUAUCUUAGGAAAAUUUAUUUCCAGAUUGCCUCCUAACACUCUAUGCCCUUGAACAUAAAACACCAAAGUACAUCUGUCUGUUGAUAUUUAGGGUUUUUUUUUUUUCUUGAGAGGACUAAUUUUGACUAAAUGAACAUGGAAUAACAUACGACAGGAGCUGAAAUAUGCUAAAGAAAGGCAGUUCUAACCUUGGAACCAUUCCAGGGGUACCCAGUAGAAAAGUUUAAAAUCAAGAUUAAGGGACACCUGGGUGGCUCAGUUGGUUAAGUGUCUGACUCUUGAUUUUGGCUCAGGUCAUGAUGUCAUGGUUUGUGGGCUCGAGCCCCAUAUUUUGCUCCGCACUGACAGCGUGGAGCCUGCUUGAGAUUCUCUUCCUCUCUCUCUGCCUCUUCUCCGCGCACACACACACACACGCGUGCGUGUGCUCUCUUUCACAAAAAUUAACAUUAAAAAAGAUCAAGUAGAAGAAUGAUCUCUGCAUCCUCAGAUAUACCAUAAAAGAAAUAAUCCUCCACUGAAAUCUCAGCCUUUUUUUGUGUGUUAUACCAUGGAGACCUGAGUGAAGACUGAGAGAAUUAGAAAAGUGGGCUCACAUUUAGCAUUUCCCUCAACUAUACUUCUGAAAUCUAAAAAACAAAAAAAUAAAACAAGAGGUUUAAGUAAUUAUGUACAGAAUGAGGGCUCAAGUGUAUUUGCACUAGGACUACUUACUAUGCUUGUAAGUAAAAAUUAGUUCUUAUAAUUUCAACCUGACAACUAUUAUUUCUAAAUCUUUUCAAUUACCCAUUUUCCUGAUGACCUUCUCUCAAGAGUUUCCUUCUCUUUUAUUGAAGUCACCAAACCCCUUAUAUUUAAGCUUAUUUUGCUCAGGCCUCAGUGACUAAUGGGAGGAAGGUACUAGGCUAGAAUCCUAAAAAACCAGUCCCUGGAUCUUUGCCAAUGAGAAAGCAAAAUUCCAAAUACAAGUGUAAAUGCUAGUUUUAGUUUUUUGUAUAGUGGGAAAAUUACUCCUCUGUGAUCAUCAGGACUUACUAGUAUCUUGAUCAUCCCAAGUGGACAAUGUUAACUGUACAAUGUACAGCAGAAGAUGAUAGACUUCACUAAGUGACUUUACGUUUAGAGAAUAGGUGUUGUUUUGUUUAAAAAUGUUUUAUGUAUACUAUCAAUGAAUUAAUAGUUUUUGUUCCCAAAUUCCUAUAUUAAUAAUAUAGCUGUUAUCCUGACUUUCUUCUUAUUUGAGAUAUCAGUGCAUGCUGGAUUGCAGCAUUUCAUGUUAAAAACAUGAAAUAUUAUAUAGCACUUGGGGCCUAAGCAAUUAAAAAUAAUCAUAACUACUGGCAAAUGACACAAGCAUAAAAUGGUAACAAUGGCAGUUACUUAUAUUUAUGCUCGCUGGAAUGAUAUGUAAUACUCAGAAAGCACAUUCACGUAGUUAAGUGCACAGGGCUUGAAGGCAGCUUCUAGCCUGGUAUUACUUGAGAUUUUUCUGAACACCAUAAAGGCCAUUUGGGGGGAACUGUUCUGGGCAAUGUCUUUUCCAAUCUCAUCUAAGGUCUGGGAACUUCUUUCCAGGGCAUACAACCCAGCUCUGAAACAAAGCACUUGGUGAUUUUUAGUUUGAGAUGUCUAUAUGAUACUUCUGAGUUACAUUGAUUAAGAUACAAACUAUAGAUAUAAUAAAAAUGAAAUCAAGAUAUAAAUUCAAUGAGGUUGGAUAAAACAUAAUUAUUCUAAGAAUUUACUACCUUUUGAUUUUUGUUUUCACUAAUUCCAUAAAUUCCACUAAUCCAGUAUUCAUUUUGAUUUUUGAUCAAAUGAAAGUUUGAAUUAAAAAUGUUUUCCUCUU